AUGUCGCGCCAUCGCGUAAAGGCUGUAGCUUACGAUGAUGAUGAUUUCGAUGAUGAUGGAUAUGACUCACCAGAUCCCGAAGAACAGGAAUUCCUCGAACAGUGUACUGCAGAGGUGUUGAGUCAACUCCUCGCGGGGUCGCCUUCUGUAACGGCCUCGCGGGACGAAGUUCAGGAAGCAUUAUGGCACUACUAUAACGAUGUGGCAAAGUCUGUGAACUACUUAAGAAAUAAGAAAGCUAAGGAAGUGAAGAAGAAGGAGAGCACGUCCGCUCCGGCUGCGAAGGCGAAAGUGCCUGCAUACCCUUUACCUCCUGAUCUGGCUCCGCAAGAGCCCCCACAUUUCUCCGCCGCAGACUUCUUCCGCGACUCACCGUGGCUCAAUGUCCCGGUGCAUCGUAAGGCCGAUAUUCUCAUAGAGCCUCUUUAUCCUCGGCUUGGACUUCUUGGUGGGUCUCCUGAAUCUGGUGGAAAGGUUUCGAAACUAGCUGCUUUGGCUGCUGCCCGCAAGAAAAAGGAGGGUGACAAGGCUUCAACUACGGCCCCUCCGCAGAAUGCUGAGGUGGAUAAGACACCAGCGCAUUCAACGGAGCAGAAAGGCGCUUCUUUAUCUCUCCGUGAAAGGCUUGCUGGCAAUGGGAAAACACAAAAGCCUGAGGGUGCCCAAUCGCCGCGUCCUUUGGGAAAGUUGUCCCGUCUCGGGAGCCAUUCACCCCAGAAGAAGCCGUCUCCUGAGCCAGUCAAGCAGAAUGGGACGUCGCCGAAUAAUUUAGCAAAUGUACAACAAGAGAUUACUGCAGAGCCUUUGGUCAAAGAGGAAGAAAAAGAACAGCCUACUGUCAAUAUUCGCGCCUCGCCUUCUACUUUCGCUAGCACUAUCGUUGGGGAUGUUACGCGACCAAAGAUGACCGAGCCCAGUCCCUUGCCCAAGCCAGAUGAUGUCGUCUUGAACGCACAAAGCUCUGCAAAAGGCUUCAAGUCGAAACAGCCUGCUUCUAAGCCGGCUGGCGAUAAGAAAAACCAAACCGACCUAGCGGGUGGCAUGAACAACCUAAGCGUUGCAGAGAAGGUGACCGUUAAGAGCAAGAAUCUGGACGUUUUAUCCGAAUACCAAAAGUCGAAGCGGAAAAAUGCCAUGAAUUUUGCAGUCAUCGGCCAUGUCGAUGCGGGAAAAAGUACGCUCAUGGGCCGCUUACUUGCUGAUCUGAAGGCAAUAGACCAACGGACCCUUGACAAGUAUCGGCGAGAAGCUGAGAAGAUUGGCAAAGGCUCUUUUGCUCUUGCCUGGGUGCUGGAUCAAGGUUCCGAGGAGAGAGCACGCGGUGUCACUAUCGAUAUCGCGACUAACAAGUUUGAGACAGAGAAGACCGUCUUCACAAUUGUAGAUGCUCCCGGCCACAGAGAUUUUGUGCCGAACAUGAUAGCUGGUGCUAGCCAGGCCGAUUUUGCUGUUCUUGUUAUUGAUUCAGGCACGGGGAACUUUGAGUCUGGCUUAAAGGGUCAGACUAAGGAGCACGCUCUUCUGGUGCGGAGUAUGGGUGUUCAGCGAAUUAUUGUUGCUGUUAAUAAGAUGGACUCUGUUCAGUGGAACAAGGAUCGCUAUGACGAGAUCGAGCAACAGGUUUCAGCUUUCUUGACCACUGCGGGAUUCCAGGCCAAAAACAUUGCAUUUGUGCCAUGUUCAGGCAUCAGUGGUGACAAUGUCACAAAGCGAAGCGAUGAUCCAAAUGUGUCAUGGUAUACAGGUCGUACCCUAAUUGAGGAGCUUGAAGCUACCGAGCCUUACUCCCAUGCCCUCGACAAGCCAUUGCGGAUGACCAUUGGUGAUGUCUUCCGCGGAAGCGUCCAAAAUCCCCUUUCGAUUUCCGGUCGGAUCGAUGCAGGCAGCUUGCAAGUGGGUGAUCAAAUUCUCACGAUGCCUAGCAGCGAAACGGCAUUGGUUCGAAGCUUGGAAGUGGACGGUGAACCGAGCGACUGGGCUGUAGCGGGUCAGAACGUGGUGCUCAACCUUGCAAACAUUGACCCCAUCCACCUGCGUUCCGGCGAUGUGAUCUGCCGUGCCUCUGCGCCUAUCGCCAAUAUCACAUCAUUCACAGCCAAGGUGUUGGCAUUUGAGCAUCUGAUGCCUAGCAUGGUUGACGUUCAUCGGGGACGCCUUCAUGUGCCUGGACGGAUUAGUCGACUUGUCGCAACGUUGGAUAAAGGCUCUGGUGCCGCCAUCAAGAAGAAGCCAAAAAUCGUUGGCCCAGGCUCCGUGGCACGAAUCGUCGUGGAACUGGAUCAUGCUGUGCCUUUAGAGGCGCCUACGAGAAUUGUUCUUCGGGCUGGAGGUGAGACCGUUGCGGCUGGGUUGUUGGAAUAA